CAAAAGCGAACAGAAAUAUUCGCAGCGAUUUUUUAUGAGCGACCAAAGCGUCUUUGCAGCGCACACUCGGCAACAGGAAUUGCUUUACGACAGUGUCACUCAUUCAGAAAACAGGAAGUGCUUUACAGCAGUGUGGCACAUGUAUUCUACUGGGUAACCCAUGGAAACAGAUACGUAACAUGGAGUUUUGUUUGUACGCGUGGGGAGCCAACAGCUACGGACAGCUGGGAAGGGGCGACGCGGAGGACCUGUCUGAUCCUCGGCGGCUAGGUCCGGGUGCUAUGCCCUCCGUGCCGCUCCGGGUCCUGCGGGGAGGAGGCGGCCACACGGUGGCUAUCACAGAGGAUGGGGAGGUGUGGUCGUGUGGGCAGAACCACAGGGGGCAGCUGGGGCUGGGCCACACGUCAGACCUCUCCACUCUCCACCCCGGCCCCGCCCUCAAGCAGAGGGUCGUCAAUGUGUCCUGUGGUUGGGAUUUUACCCUUUUUCUAACCGAUUGUGGCCAGGUCCUGACAUGUGGAUCCAACGCUUUUGGGCAACUGGGUGUGGCCAAAACAAGCACCCACUCUGCAGAGCCAGUUCGCGUUGAGAGCCUUGGCGAGCCGGUGGUCAGUGUGGCAGCAGGACUUCGACAUGCACUCGCUGUCACCGACAGCGGCUGUGUGUACCAGUGGGGGUUAGGUCUGUUGACCCACGCCAGGAGAGCAGUAGGCCCAAACUCAGUCCCGCUGCACUUUAACUCCCGGGUGCCCGUGCGUGUACCGGGUUUUGAUCAUGUGACCGCACGUACAGUAGCUGCUGGAUCUGCCCACUGCGUUUGCCUUACAGGUGGAGGUGAUGUGUUUCUGUGGGGCAGUAAUAAAUAUGGACAGCUAACUACAAACGACUGCUUUUCAACCUUUCCUGCUCUUCUCAACCGCUCACUAUUGGACGGAGAGGCUGCCACUCACGUGUGGAGCGGCUGGACUCACCUUGUGGCCAAAACAGAGAGUGGAAAAGUGUUCACAUGGGGAAGAGGGAAUUAUGGACAGCUUGGAAGAACAGAACCAACCAAUCACAGUGCAGUACUGCAGUCAGAUGACUCUCCAGUAGUAGAGGACGUCAAGGAGGUCUCGUUUCCUGGGAAGGUUGACGCCCUUUAUGGGGCCGAACAGAUUGCUUGUGGGUCUGAGCACAAUCUGGCCAUUGUAGCUGCAGGUACAACACCUGUGGGCCCACUCUGCUGUCUGCUGUGACCUGUGUCCCCACUGGACUGGGACCUGUUUUAUUUUUAUCUUGAGGACAAUCACUGAUACGAUCCCUGCUCGUGCUUCAUAAUGGCCAUCCCCAGGAGACGCACCGCUCCGUGCCUGCGCCGCUUCCUUCCAUUCAGCCGAGCUCCGGGUCCAAUCAGAGGAGAAUCUGUGUGAACCGUGUGUGCGCUCCCUUCCUCCCAACAUCCUGUUGGCCUCAUGCUAAAUCAGGGGUUCUCAAAGUUUGGACAGCUGAGGGCCAAAUUAGGAACCCAAAAUUUGACUGAGGGCCACCAAAGGAAAAAAAAUCUGGCGGGAAACGCCGUCAGCAUCCCAGUGGUGAAAAAAAACAUUGCACGUGGACCUCUGAGAGUGAGGUCCAGUGAGGAAGGUUUCUGCGGGCCGCCAUUGGCCCGCGGCAUGGGCGGAGCUUGGGGGUGGCUUUUGGGACUGAAGCUCUGAAUCUCGCGUCAAAAGCCUCUUUUUCACCUCUUGAAAGUGAUUUAUUUUAAUUUUGAAAGAAACAACACAUGGAAGCAAUGGAAAAAUGCCAUCUCUCGUUUGGUUGUUUAGAAUGGUUGCAAGGAAACCGUGACGUUUUCUAAACAUUCACGUCUCUCAGCAGUCUUGUUAAAGUAGCCUCAGGGUGUGUAACAAACAUUACCAUGGACAUUAGUAAUUAUUUUUCUAAACCAACAUCCAGGGAUACGGUAGCAGCUGCAGCCCCUGCCAAUGACCUGUCAAAUGUUUCAGGUCAAUGAAAAAUUACCUUGAUGUGCGCUGGCCGGGAGCAGUGGUGCUAGUGCUAAAUAGCCUGCAUCGGCUAGCUAGGCUGCUAUGAUAAUUACUCCUUUCACACAAAAUAGAUUACCAGUGUUGUUUAAAAUGUCAGAAAUCCGUUUUUCUGAUUGUGAUUCUGUCUCAGCCGAUAUUGUACAGUGUUGUGUGUUACCGAAUGUUACCUUAAAUUAAAUGGUGAGGUCCACUGAAUAUCAUGAAGAGGUACAAAAUAUCCAUGUCUGACAUAUCGGUUAUUUUAAGCUCAAACUUUAUUAACGAUUUAGACAAGAAAUGUACAGAUAUCGCGUUGCUGCAUUCGCUGUUUGACCAGCAGCCAACAUGUUAACGAUGUUACAGACGAUGAGUGGCUGGCCCCGUGCCCACUACCUCCGUCAGUUGACCGUUGCCCAUUGACUUUGAAUGGGGACGGACGCGCAAUGCAUUGUGGAUCCGUCCGUUCAGUUGGAGCGUUCGCCACCGUCAGAAAGUUGAAAAAUGUUCCAAGUUUUUCGGCAGCGACGGUUCCGUCAUCCAAUCAGAUCGCGUAUGCAAAUUUAAGCACUGUGACACGACUCGGGCUCUGAAGAUACUGGAAAGCGGGAAAGCGGGUCAUCUUGCCUCGCAACAAGCAGGAAGAAGCGGGAAGAACCCGGCGAAGCGAUUUGAUUGGCUGACGGAUGCCUCUGCAAAGACUACUCCCCCAUCCGUCAGCCACGCCUUCCCACGUCCGUUGACUGACGGUGCAGUGGGCACGAGGCGACUGUCUUGUUUACUUUCAGCUUGCGUCCAAAUCCACGUUCAUUAAACUUUGACCCCUUUUUAAAUGAGUUCCAACAGAGUGAUAGAUGCGGACAAUCCUCUAAAACAAUGUAGUACUUAUUUGUGUGCACAUGUAUAAUACUUCAGUGCAUUAUCAUUAUUAUUUUAAAUUCAAAAAAAUUAAAAUGAUAAUGCACUGAUAUUUUAGUGAGUGAGUAGGCCUAAUGAUGUUGUUAAUCUUGUUUCACAAUACUUUGCAUUUGUAAUGUUUUCUUUCCAUUAAAUAGAAUUGCGUUAUGGGAGAAACCUUUCAGUCUCUUCCUUUUUCUUUUUAAAUAAAAAAUAAAAAUGGCAAUUACCUUGACAAGGCACUUUGAAUCUAUUGAAAGUUAGUCUCAAAUUAUAAGUCUAAAUGUUCCCAUUGUAGUUAACAUAAAAUUCUCUAGAAGUCAAUAGUUAAGUGGUUAUUGUUUCUUUCCAUUAAAUAGUAUUGUCUUGAGCAGGCUCUGCAACUGAAAAUGUAGGCUAUGAAUUAGAAGAGAUUUAGGAUUUGCCAAUGUCCAGCGGGUCACCCUAAAAUGGACUAGAAUGCAGGAAAUCGCAUUUUAGAAAUUCAAAUUUUUCUGAGGGAGGACCCCCAGACCCCGCUCUGGGCUAACCCCCGGAUGUACACAAAGUCUGCCUCCGCCUCUGCGGGCCGCACUUUGAAAACCAAUGUGCUAAAUAAAUAGAAAAGGCAUCAGAACCGGGUUGGAGGGCUGAGAGAAGAGUGCUGCUAUUCCUGGUGCUGAAGUAGGACAGGCGAGGGAAGCGGGGAGCAGGGGGCGAGGGGUGAGGGCGUGAGGCAGCCGAGGGCUAUCUGUUGCUGCCAGCCCUCCGCCCCUCUGCCAAUUUACACCUGAGAGAGUUGUCUCCGCCGCCGCCGCCCGGCGCAGAGUGGGCUGGCGUCACGCGGUGCGAGAGGCAUGCUGAGAUCAGACGGUGCGCGGCGCUAGGCUCUGCAGCUCAGCCGAUACAGGCCCCGGGUAUCCGCUGUUUUUCCGCUGGGUAUCCGCAUCUCUUAUACGUUUAGAUUACCCAUACUGAAGCCUUAAGGAGGAACGGCUGAGCCCACAAAUGUUAAACAAUACUCACUUUAUUUAAACUGAUGCUGGUUUCAUGGUGUCCGCAGUGAUCAGCUGUGGCUUCUGUCUUGUUUACCCGGCGAUGGCCUUGGAUCUUCUCUGAGCUUCUUUUCUUUCUUUGUCACACCGCUUUGUUGUGCGAGGAGCAUUUGUGCAGGCUCUGCGUUGCCAUGGAAACACCAAUGUGCUGUAUUCCAGUCAGCGUGUCCAUGAAUUAAGCCUUUCAAACACUUAUUUUUUUCUUACUGACGAGAGAUUUCAAUGCGUGUCAUUGAUGAUAGUAAUCAGGAUGUUAACUGAACCCUUUCUCUGCCUCACCCUUUAGGUACAGAAUAAACCAAUGUUUGUGUAAUGCAUAGAAAAUGGCUGGCAGUAAUUCACGUUGACAUAAGCUGCUGGCGUGACAUCUUGGUGGUUUCUGCAGAAAACAUAUGCGUUGGUUGGCAGCCCUAAAGCCAUCGCUAUACCAUUAUCUUAUAGAACCAGCCCUUGAUCUUAUAGAAAGAACCGGAAACCAAGAAAAAUUCAGAAACGUGGAAAAAGAAAUGCACCAAUUUAAAAGGGCACAACUGUGCAACAAGGAUAACUUGAAGAUGUGUUACCCUUGAGAAAGCAGGCUCCCUUCUGUUGCCAUGGCGAUGCAGCCUAUUAGGUAACUGUGUUGCCAUGGCACGUGUCUCCUCAGUGAUGCAGACCUGACCACACCCACUAACAAGCUCACCAGCUGAGAACAUGGAGAGCUCCGUUACUGGGCCGGUGUCAGCGCUGUGCAUAGUGAGAGGGGCGCUCUGUUUGAUUCAAAGCAGCUGGAUUGAAACAGGUUGUUACAGGUUAUAGGCUAAUGAUUGUUGUGUAUUUUUGUCCGGGCUCACAGUUUAGAAGCCAAACCUCAGACUCCUGGCUAACCAACAC